CGUUGCACUUCGCGAAAAUGUUGCUGCACAUCGCCGCGGUUACCGUGCUCGUCAAUAUCGCGAUCAUAGAGCUGGACUCCUUGUACUCCUUCCCAUCGGAGGAGCUUUUGGACAUGGAUCCCUCACAGAGCGAGAGCCCGUUGCAUCGCGUGUUCGUGUACGGUACGCUAAAACGGGGCGAGCCCAAUCAUGGGAUCAUCACGGACGUCAUGAACGGCUACGCCAAAUUCCUGGGUCUCGGUAGGACCACAAUUUCGUAUCCUUUGGUGAUAGCCACGAAAUACAAUAUCCCGUUUCUGCUGAAGAAACCGAACACCGGCAACUAUGUGCUCGGUGAGAUAUACGACGUGGACUCAAAAAUGCUGAAGAGGCUAGACGAACUGGAGGAACACCCCACGUUCUACGAGCGAGCUGAGGAGGAGAUUCUACUGGCUCCGGAAGCCACGCUCAAGGCGGGGAAGAUUUUCGAAGAGGUUGGCGAGCUGACGAAAGCGUGGAUAUACUUUCUGCCGAAAUACAGGCCUUCUCUGCUGGAGAGCCCCAUGUACGCGUCCUACAGCAAUAACGGCAAUCACGGGCUCAAGUACUGCGAGAAGUACGUUCGCGAUCCAUCCUACGAUCACAGAAAAGAAGUACUAUAAACUCAUUGUCGGCGGCUUUUGUCUCUUUUGUAGCGACGAGGACGCGUCGAGUCUUCACGAUGUUCUCUAAAUAACUGGGCACACGAAAACGAGUACUCUCGCCUGCUAUCCCUGCGAAUAAACAAUAACGGGAGAGCAUCUAAAACAAUAUCAGGGAAUACUGAUAAGAACACUGAGUCGGUAAAUUUUUAUAAUAAAUCUAGAAUAUUUCGAGACUAUACUUUUAACUAUUUGUGCGUUCUAGCACGUCCUCCAAUAAAAGUAAUUUUGUAAUUGUUUUGUAUAUUAAUAUUUUAUACGUAAUAAUAAUCAUUUUUGUAUUAAUAAUCACUAAGCUCGAAGAUUGCUCAAACUUUGCAUAAUAUAAUAUAUAGGAGAGAAAAAAAAAUUGUUAUUGACCGUGAACCUAAGAUGGGAGAAUUUUGCGCGCGAAGAGUGGAAAAAAAGCAACACUAAGAUAUCUCGGUGAUUGAGUUUUAUUAAAUACGCCAUGUACGCUCGCACCCCCACACUCUUUCGCGCACUCUCACUUCCUGUCAUUCUAUCGCUCGCUCUCAUGUAACAGUAGCGAUAAAAUUAUUGUAUCUAUUCUGUAACAAAGGGCAGGCUAAGCCUCCGCGCCGCCGCGGCGACCAAAAUCAACUCGAAACUGUCCUCGAGAGGCACCUGUGCUGCGUUUCCGCCGCGUGCUUAAAGAUUUACAGAUUUCUUUCUCAUUUGCGCCAUAACGCGCGUCGUUCAUCCGAAGCCGAUCGGCGCUUUUCGGCCGAGAUCAGGUUCCAGGUAGAAGCCGAUCGGCUGGGCCGCUCGCGCGCGCGAAUAACCGGCCACUGAGCGCUUCACCUCGCUUCGGAGAUCGGUUGGUACACGGUACGGCAAACCAAAAAUGCUCAAAGGCAGAGAACACAUACGAGAGAGUUAUCCUAUGAAAUUUAUUUAUAAAUAAUCACAUUUUAUCACACGCUAUACAAGAAUCGUUACUAUUGUUUCCAUGUGGCGUAAACCUCCCCAUAUUGUGUCCCGGAAUAGCAAUACGAUGGAGGCCCGCCAACAACGAGAAACCGUCUCCCGAGAAAUCAUUCUGGGUUUGAUAUCUAUCCGCCGCGUUCUCUUCGUUUCAAGAAAGAAAACUUGUAUGAACAAAAGAAAAAUUAUACAAUGCUCAAUAAAGGCGUAUACA